AUGUUUUCCAUUGUUAAAGAACAUGUAGGGGCUAAAAAGCUCACUCCAACAAACAUACCACACGUUUUGAAUGACCACCAAAAACGGUCUCGUGUCAAUGCAUGUGCAGCGUUUCUUUCGACUUAUAACAGGCAACCCAAUGCGUUUUUAGCAUGUAUUUUUACUUGUGAUGAAACCUGGCUAUCAAUAUAUGAAACUCUAUCAAGAACCGAAUCAAUGAAAUGGGUAACAAGCCGGGAGCAGCUGUCCAAGAAGCCAACUUCGCAAAGAAACGACGCAAAGGUAAUGGCAAAUGUUUUCUGGGAUAGCCGAGAAAUCAUCAAGAUUUUUUGGAUGCCUCCUGGUCAAACUGUUAAUGGAGAAGUUUAUCGCAAUCAAUUGAGAGAAAUCGCCCCAUUAGUAGGACCCAGAAGGCCUCCAAACGUUAGAAGAAAGCCACUCUUCCUGCAUAACAAUGCACGGCCACAUGUCGCUGAAGAAACAAUGCAGUUAAUCCAGGAAUUAGGAUGGGGACUAAUCCAACAUCCACCCUAUUCACCAGAUCUAGCCCCCAGCGAUUAUUUUCUGUUUAAAAAUCUUAAACAAUAUCUCAGGGGACGACGUUUUGAGUCCAUUUCAGAGCUGAUUGCCGAAACCGAGGCGUAUUUCGCAAGUCAGCCCGAAUCUUGGUACCGGGCCGGAAUUGCUGAAUUACCGACGCGAUACCAACGCUGUCUGGCCUCUAGGGGCGAUUAUUUGACAUAA